UCUGCGCGGGGCGGCCACGGGCUGGCCUUGCAGGAUGGAGGGGCGUUCUGAAAUGGAGAUGCUGAGGACACUGAAAGGGCCUUCCACGGGGGAGGUCAGCGUGCACCUCAUGGCCAGAGACAGCCCAGCUUCCGGUCCUCAUCCACCCCCAACUGCCUUUAUCAUUCCAGCCAGCUCGGCCACCCUUGGCCUGCCCAGCAGUGCCCUGGAUGUUACCUGCUUUCCCCGGGAACCAAUCCAUGUGGGCGCCCUGGAGCGAGUGACCAGCAGUGAGCCAGUCACAGCCACCGUUCUGCCACAGCUAAGCGCUGGACCAGGGGCCAGCUCUAGCGCCACAGUGCGGCUUCUGGAGUGGACGGAGGCCUCGGCCCCGCCCCCUGGGAGUGGUCUGCGGUUCCGGAUAAGCGAGUACACGCCGCUGAACAUGGUGGGAGUGGAGCAACCACCGAUCUCUGAACAACGGGGAGAAGACUUGGCCAAACGUGGAGAUGACGGGGUCCCGGUGGGAGGUGGCGAUGCGGGCACCCAGCACCCCGAGGACCUCUCCCAGGAGCCUCCAGAAGCGCCCUCUCAGGACCCUGCAGAGGACCACAGCACCUGUCGAUGCCAGGGGUGUGGGCCUCAGCAGGGUGCCGGUCCAGAUCUGGGUUCCUCCAGUAAUGGCUGCCCUCAGCUGUUCCAGGAGCGGUCAGUCAUAGUGGAAAACGUAGGCUCUGCAGCUGAUUCUGAGCUUCUCAAACCCAUGAAGAAGAGGAAACACAGAGAAUACCAGAGCCCAUCAGAGGACUCGGAACCAGAGGCCAUGGAGAAGCAAGAAGAAGGAAAGGAUCCAGAGGGACAACCUACUACUAGCACUCCAGAGAGUGAGGAGUGGAGCAGCAGUCAGCCUGCAUCAAGUGAGAAGAAGGAGGUCUGGUCAUGGGAGUCCUACCUGGAGGAGCAGAAGGCCAUCACUGCCCCCGUCAGCCUCUUCCAGGACUCCCAGGCAGUCACUCACAGUAAGAACGGCUUCAAACUGGGCAUGAAGCUGGAAGGCAUUGACCCUCAACAUCCAUCCAUGUACUUCAUCCUCACUGUGGCUGAGGUGUGUGGCUAUCGUCUCCGUCUGCACUUUGAUGGGUAUUCUGAGUGCCACGACUUCUGGGUCAAUGCCAACUCCCCUGACAUUCACCCUGCUGGCUGGUUUGAGAAGACAGGGCACAAACUGCAACCUCCUAAAGGUUACAAGGAGGAGGAGUUCAGCUGGAGCCAGUACCUGCGCAGCACAAGAGCUCAGGCGGCCCCCAAGCACCUGUUUGUGAACCAGAGCCACAGUCCUCCACCCCUGGGCUUCCAGGUGGGCAUGAAGCUGGAGGCUGUUGACCGCAUGAACCCAUCCCUCGUGUGUGUGGCCAGUGUGACCGAUGUGGUGGACAGCCGCUUCCUGGUGCACUUUGACAACUGGGACGAUACUUAUGACUACUGGUGUGAUGCCAGCAGUCCCUACAUCCAUCCGGUGGGCUGGUGCCAGAAGCAAGGAAAGCCCCUCACCCCUCCACAAGACUACCCAGACCCUGAUAGCUUCUGCUGGGAGAACUAUCUAGAAGAAACUGGGACCUCUGCUGUGCCCACCUGGGCCUUCAAAGUGCGACCCCCUCACAACUUUCUGGUCAACAUGAAACUGGAGGCCGUGGACCGCAGGAACCCAGCCCUGAUUCGGGUGGCCAGUGUGGAAGAUGUGGAGGAUCAUCGAAUAAAGCUCCACUUUGAUGGCUGGAGUCACAGCUAUGACUUCUGGAUUGAUGCUGACCAUCCAGACAUCCACCCUGCAGGAUGGUGCUCCAAGACAGGACAUCCCUUGGAGCCACCUCUCCGUCCCAGAGAGCCCAGCUCUUCCUCUCCUGGGAGCUGCCCCCCUCUCAGCUACAGGAGCCUAUCCCACACAAGGACCUCCAAGUACAGCUUUCACCACCGGAAGUGCCCCACUCCUGGCUGUGAUGGCUCUGGCCACGUCACAGGCAAGUUCACAGCUCACCAUUGCCUCUCGGGCUGCCCACUGGCUGAGAGGAACCAGAGCCGACUGAAAGCAGAGCUUUCCGACUCAGAGGCCUCAGCCCGGAAGAAGAAUCUCUCAAGCUUGUCCCCAAGGAAGAAGCCUCACCAUCAUGGCCGGAUCGGACGCCCUCCAAAGUUUCGCAAAAUUCCACAGGAAGAUUUCCAGACCCUCCCUCCCAAUGUCGUGCACCAGUCCCUCUUCAUGUCGGCCUUGUCAGCCCACCCUGACCGCUCACUCUCUGUGUGUUGGGAGCAGCACUGCAAGCUGCUGCCAGGAGUGGCGGGCAUCUCAGCUUCCACAGUCUCAAAGUGGACCAUUGAGGAGGUCUUUGGCUUCGUUCAGACCCUGACAGGUUGUGAGGACCAAGCGCGCCUCUUCAAAGACGAGAUGAUUGACGGCGAGGCCUUCCUUUUGCUGACACAGGCGGACAUUGUGAAGAUCAUGAGCGUCAAGCUGGGCCCAGCCUUGAAGAUCUAUAACGCCAUUCUCAUGUUUAAAAAUGCUGAUGACACCUUAAAGUGACUGGCCCUCAUUGGGCCUUCUCCAGGCCUUGCUGGGCCUCCCUCUCCAGAUGAUGCCUCCCUCCCAACUUGAGUUCCUCAUACCCCUUGCUGCACCCCUACCCUCCUUAUCUGUCUAGGGCUGGUUCUUCCCAGAAAGUGAGUAGGAGCAGAGAGGCACUGGGAAAGAUGGAGUCCUGGCCCCUGACUCCUGAACCUCGUUGGCCUCCAGGUGCACGAGUCUGUGACUGGGCUGAGCGUGACUGCUGGAGUGGAUUGGAGGUGCCACACAUAGGGCAGCCCCACAUCUCUGGCUUACUCAGUAGUCACCAAAGGGUCUUUUUCUUAGCAGUGAGGAAGAACCUGGUAGAACAGGAGUCCCCCAGUCUGAGACCCCGUUUCCUUUUUGGCAUCUCUACAUAGCUUUCUCUCCCUGACUUCUUUCCUCCUUCCAAGAAGUGACCCUGCCACACACAUUUACAUGUAGAGGCACCUCCUCUUUUUCUUCCUCCUGGUUUUGCACUCUUUCUCUGCUGCCUAGUUCAUGGGUACUGCCCCAAGGCAUGGUCCAGCCAGACCUCAUGGCUCUUCCCCCUUAACAGUGGGAGCCCCAGAAACACGUCAUCAUGGGACCCAUUGGGAACAUCUGGCUACCUUUCUCCCCUUCACCCAGAAGAGGAGAAGAUUCAGAGCUAAGAUGCCUUCUUCAACAUGCUCAGUU